AUGGGACAGAUAUGCUUUCAGCGGCAGUCAAAAGAGCAGUCAGCAGUGCAGCUGUCAGUGGAGUGCGGAGCUUGCUGGUUCUGCUGUCAACAUCGUAAAAUGCUUUCUCUAGCGCCUUGUUUAGGCAUAGGCAACUUGUUAUUAUAUUCUGUUAACAUUAAUUUGUGCAGAAAAGCACAUUUAUCGAUAUCACGUUUGGUUUCCAACUACGUUGUACACCACCAGUACAAUAUGCACGUCGCAUACUUCCGUCAGUUACCCAACGAGGAACAAUGUGCGAUAACUUUCCAUCUGGCCAGCGAAAAGUAUAAAAUCAAUCGCGUAUUCAACUUUUUCCGGGACGUAACUGAAGAUAUCGAUGCCAGUACCGAACGGAUGAGAGCGAACAUUGAAAAAGAGACGAAAAAACGAAUGGCCAAGAAAAAGAAAGCAAAACCCGGCCCAUCAUCAGAACAGACGGCGACAUCGGAAUCAGCACCGGUACAAGACGAACUCCCCGAGGUAAGUGUACGAUUUUUCGACAGUGACAAAGAGCAAGAUGUUAAGGGAAUUGCCUUUUCGGAGUUGCUUAAUCGCGUACGCGAGGAGAAGAACAUUUUGUUGAAAAUAUUGGACGACGACUUUCGGAUAGAUUUCAAUUCACCCGCUGUACAGACGGUUAGUUUGCCUCAAUCAAUUUUGGCCGGAUUUUACGUUUAUCCGAGCAAACUGGAACUGGUGUUCGCCGAUCGAGCGCUGUCCGAGUUCCGGUGGUUUCGAGGGAAAAUGCCCAAAUCGAAAAAAGCUCAGCAAAUCGAGUGGGUGCAGAUUGGAGCUGACUUUUCUUAUUUGGCUGUGCCGGAAGAUGUUGGUCAUCAUUUGAAGUUUAUGUGCGUUCCAAAGAACGCACAACAAUCAGGCCCCUCAUCGGAGAUAACAUCGGUUGGUGAGGUUCAGGCUGGUCCUGGACAGUGUCCGUUCGAUGUGCGGCAUUUGUUCACACAGACGAAACUUUCGAACGAGUACCAGUUUCGAAUGGUGACGUACAAUAUUUUGGCUGACCUGUACGCUGAUAGCGACUAUAGUCGAACGGAACUGUUUGGUUACUGUCCCAAUUAUGCGUUGCACAUCGAUUACCGGAAGCAGCUGUUCAUCAAGGAGUUGAUGGGAUACAAUGCCGAUAUAAUUUGCCUGCAAGAAGUUGAUAGUAAAAUCUUCGAUUCGGAUUUGCUGCCGGUGCUGAGACUAAAAUCCUAUGACGGACACUUCAAGGCGAAAGGGAAAACUGCUGAAGGCUUAGCAACUUUCUUCGAUGCCCGAAGAUUUGAGGUUUUGGAGCAGCAAGGAAUCACUAUUGGAGAAAAUUUGGAAAGCUUGGAAGCUUUCCAGUUUUUGUGGAACCAAAUCAAAUCGAACGAAAAGUUAGCUAGCAGAAUCAAGGAACGCUCGACCGCCAUCCAAGCUACGUUACUUAGGUCUCGGCAAAAUCCCACGAAACAUCUACUGGUGGCAAACACCCAUUUCUAUUUCCAUCCUGAUGCGGACCACAUUCGUCUGUUGCAGGGAGGAUUUUCGAUGUUGUACGUUAGAAGUCUGUAUGAGCAAUUUGUGGAAAAGUUAAAGCUUGAAAGGGAACAUUUUGCAAUUGUAUUUUGCGGAGACUUUAACAGUACACCGGAAUGUGGCAUGUAUCGGUUAAUGACGGAACGCUUCGUCGGUGAUGAAAUGGCCGACUGGCAGAGCAACGAGGAGGAAGCUGUACGCGGGGUAACACUUUCGCAACCGUUCCAAUUUCAGUCCGCUUGUGGGUGCCCAAAGUAUACCAACUUUACGGUAGGCUUUCAGGCAUGCAUUGAUUACAUUUAUUAUCAGUCCGACGUUUUGCGUGUAAACGACGUGGUUCCUCUGCCAAGUGAAGAGGAACUGCUAGCGUAUGAUGCAAUCCCGUCGCCUGUUUUUCCGUCCGAUCAUAUCGCCCUGGUGGCUAGCCUUGAGUGGGCCCACAAGUCGGAUGGAAGUAGGACCAUCUCGGAGCAAUAAAUUUUUGUAUGUAAUUUAAAACAUUAA